AUGUAUGAAGAUCUUCAGAUGAAGUUUGGUCUCGGUCAAAGGUCUGUAACAUUUAGAAAAGCCGUUGACUCUGUUGAUCGCAGCAAAGUUAGCCGUCAUAUCAAACCGAAAGACUAUGUGGCUUGGAAUCAAUUCAGCGAUUUUCUGGACAGGCAUGAGAAGGUGUACGAUAGCAAACGUGAUACACUCAAACGAUUCCGCAUCUUUAAGAGGAAUUUAAAGGCUAUUCGCAUGUGGCAAGAGAGGGACGACGGAACUGCAGUCUAUGGAAUCACACAGUUCUCUGAUUUGACUCCUGAAGAAUUCAAGAAGAUUUAUCUGCCUUACACUUGGGAAGAACCAAUCUACCCGAAUAAAAUCGCUGAUCUUGAAGCUGAGGGUAUCAAUGAACUUCCGGAAUCAUUUGACUGGCGACCAAAAGGCGCCGUAACGGAUGUGAAAAACCAGGGAAGCUGUGGAAGUUGCUGGGCCUUCUCGACAACAGGAAAUAUCGAGGGGCAGUGGUUCCUGGCCAAGAAGAAAUUGGUAUCGCUUUCCGAGCAAGAGCUGGUUGAUUGUGAUAUUGUUGAUCAAGGGUGCAAUGGUGGAUUACCAAGCCAAGCUUACAAGGAAAUCAUUCGUAUGGGUGGAUUGGAACCUGAGGAUGCCUAUCCCUAUGACGGGAGAGGCGAAACCUGCCAUCUCGUACGUUCGGAAAUAGCUGUAUACAUCAAUGACUCCGUAGAACUACCUCAUGAUGAAGAAAGUAUGAAAGCAUGGUUGGUUAACAAAGGCCCUAUUUCCAUAGGUAAGUAAUU